AUGUCAUCUUCAGAUUACCCAAUUUACUCGUACAAGAGGAAUAAUGCAGCUCCAAGCCAGCAUCCGCAAUAUAACCUUCCGACCCAUUUAUUACCCCAGGCGCUUUUAGAUGAGCAGAGACAGCGACAAGUGCAGGGGAGUAAUUCUCCUCAAAGAGGUCAAGCAGGUCUUAAUCAACCUAUGCAAGCCAACAAUUCUCCCCAGAGAGGACAAGCAGGUCUAAACCAACCGCUACAAGGAAAUAACUCUCCACAGAGAAGGCAAGCUGGUUUGAAUCAACAGGCACAUGGAAACAACUCUCCUCAGAGAGAACAAGCCGGUAUUAAUCAGCAGAUGCCAGGACCUAUGCAAAAUAUUCCAAAACAGAAUGUUCCUCAUCCACAAUAUCCGUCUCAACAACACCAAGGACAGCCAUAUUAUAGUCAGCAACACUUGACACAAAAUAAAGUACAACAACAACCAACGUACGAUUCUUCUGAAUUUCGUCAACAACAACAUCCUCAAAAGGUACAGCAAAGUGUACCUAACUAUGAAGGAGUGGGAAACGGAAGACCAUUCAAUGGUCCAAGGAAUGCUUCACUCCUGUCAUUGACUUACGAUACUAGUGGAACUGGAAAUUACAAUAAGAGGGUAAACAGUUAUUCUUCACAAGAGUCAAUACCUCAAAGUCAAGCGCCUUACCCUAUUUCUGGUAACGUAUCUAAUGCGAAUAAUUAUGGCCAGGACCCACCACAAUUUCCUCAGCAACGUCGAACUGCGCGUAAGGCGCCUCCUGGAUCUUUACCACCAAUUCAAACAAAGCAAGUAUUAGAUAGUAGUGGUAGACGAAUUGUUUCGUCUCCAAGCGUUCCUCAGUAUAAUUCUUAUUCGUAUGCAAAUCAUUCUCCUAUAUCUCAAACUUCUGGACAGAUGAACAACGAAGCUAGAACAAAGUCGUUAUCAUCGACAUCUGCUAAACCUUACCAUCAACAGCAACAACAACUGAGAAUGAAAUCAAUACCACAAGGCCAGCCAUCGCAGCCAAGCCCACAACAAAAUAAUUAUCAGAACCACAGACCUAGUUCAAGUGGAAGUGGCUCUAGUUCGAGCGGUCAUUCAUUCUCACUUACAUCUAAGUCGAGAUCUUUUACUUCUUUGUCAAAGUUAUCGUCUUUGUCCACAAAAAAAUUCAAUUCUUCUACAUCGCUACAAGGAGGUAAAUUAGACAGAAACCCAUCAUCAGCUACUUUAAGCUCUCAAAAGACGGUUACAACCCCUAUGCCAAGGAAACCUAUUGUAUACCCUGCAAUGCUUUCUAGAGUUGCGAGAGUAUUUAAGGAAACAAUAAUUCUAACUAUCAAUACUAAAGAUGGCUUAGAAUAUCAUGAUACAUUCACUGGUAAGAUGGCUGUUGAUAUUAUUUGUAAUAUUAUCAGAACAAAUGACCGUAAUUUAGCAUUAUUAAUUGGAAGGUCUUUGGAUGCGCAGAAGUUUUUCCGUGAUGUUACAUAUAAUCACAGGUUGAGAGAUUCUAUUCACGAAGUGUACGCUUUUAACCAUAUCUACAGUGAUGUUGAAUUUUAUCAAGAUUUUAACAAUACAAAUAAUAAUAGUGCUAAUAAUUCCAAGCAUGGAUCUUUAACCGAGGGCCAUCCUCAGUUUCAACAGGUUUUACUUCAACAAUUACCAGCUCAUACUACCAACAGUCAACCUCCUACUCCUUCAACACCGACUAUGUCAAACGAAGGUAGUACAUAUAAUUUGAACAACAACAAUAAAGAUGCAUCAGGUAAUACUACAAAUGUGACAGGGGUCAAUGGUGUUUUCACAAUUUUAACUGACUGUUACUCUCCAACUUGUAAUCGUAACAAUCUAUGCUACAGUAUUGCUUGUCCUAGGAGAUUAGAACAACAAGCUCGUCUCAAUUUAAAACCACAAGGUGGAUUAAAACGGGCUGUUUCAAGAUUAUCUUUACAUGAUAAGGAAGAGAAUAAAACAUUAUGGUAUGAAACUGUUCCGCAAUCGAUUUUGGAUAAAUUAGACAAGCGUGAAAAGAUGAGACAGGAAUUGAUAUAUGAAUUUAUAUAUACCGAAAGAGAUUAUGUCAAGGAUUUGGAAUUCAUGACUGAUUUCUAUAUUAUGCCUUUGCGUAAUCCUGCCAAUAACAUUAUUCCUGAAAGAGAAAGAGAAGUGUUUAUUAGGACAGUAUUUGGAGGAGUUAGUGAUCUUUUGAGAUUAGCUAAAAAUAUGAGCGAAGCUUUAACAAGAAGACAAUUACAACAGAAGCCAGUGAUUGAUACAUUCGCUGAUAUUUUUGUUGAUUUCGUAGGAGGAUUUGAUCCAUUUAUCAAGUAUUCGGGAAAUAAGGUCUUUGCUAGUUUCGAACAUGAAAGACAACAGCAGGUAAAUAUGAAGUAUGCCCGGUUCUUAGAUGCUAUUGAAAAGAAGCCUGAAUCAAGAAAACAAGAUUUGUCUUCUUUCUUGAUCAAAGGUAUCCAAAGACCGGCAAGAUAUCAAUUAUUGAUUUCUGGUAUUAUUAAAAAUACGGACGAGGAAUCUCCAGAUUACAAACCAUUGCUAAAGGCGAAAGAAGAAAUUGAAAAAGUUUUGGUUCAGAUUAAUAUUCAAACAGGAGAAAGUACUGAUCGUCAUAAAAUUAUGGUUUUACACAGGUUAUUAGGCAAACAAAUUUUGGAAACUAAGAAUCACUUUAAGUUGAAUUACAACCAUAGAAUAAUAUACCAAGUUACGUUGAAUAGAAAGAGAGACAAUGAAAAGAUUGACUUGUAUUUAUUUGAACAUGCAUUAUUAUUGGUUAAACAUAAAAUCCAAAAUAAAAGGGAGCAGCAUAAGAUUUUCGAGAAGCCAAUUUAUUUACCCUUAUUGUUUGUAAACAGUGGUUAUGACAUUCCAACUGCAAGAUCUAUAAUGGGAAACAGGCUUGAUGGAUCAUUACUCUCUGACCCAAACUUAAAGAGUAAGGCAGAAACUUCCACUAGUUAUAUCAACACAAGCUCAAGUUCAAAUAAUAAAUUACCGAUUAAUUUUUUGGGAUUGGGCAGUAAUCUGGUUCAUGCUACUUUGUUUGCAGAUGACUUAACCAAUCAAAAUCAAGUCUUGCAACAAAUCUACCAACAACAAAAAAAAUUAAUAGAUCAAAAUGAUAUUUUUUCGUUAUCCAAAUAUGAGACUAGAAGAUUCCAUGGUAAUAACAAAAUUAACUGUGCGGUACCAUGCUAUGGGGGUAAAAAACUAUUGUAUGGUACCGAUUCAGGUGUAUGGGUAUCUACAGUUAGAUCAAUAAGCGCAACUUCAAAUGAAAAGAUUUGCUCUGAUCCUACAAUGGUUAUUAGCAAGGUUUAUGUCACUCAGAUCGAAGUUUUGGUUGAAUAUUCAAAGUUACUAAUUUUAUCAGAUAAGUCAUUGUACGAGUUUGAUUUAUCAUGCACUGAUUCGUUGGAUCAUAAUAAGAAUACUAGGUCGGGCAAACUAAUCUUAAAUUACGUAUCAUUUUUCAAAACUGGAAUCUGUGAUGGUAGAUUAUUAGUAUGUGCUGCUAAGCACGGUUCUACACACUCGAUUAACAUUUUUGAACCUACUAACCCAUUCGAUCAUAAAUCACUGAAAAACAAGAACAAGAAGUACGACAUUAGGGAGAUUUCGUUUAGCUCGGACCCAGUAUCAAUUUCGUUUUUGAAAACUAAAUUAUGUGUGGGAUGUACCAAGGGAUUUGAGAUUCUCUCAUUAGAAAAGGGUAAAAAGGAACCUAUCUUGGAUGAAGCUGAUCCAUCGUUAGAUUUUGCUACACAGCGUGAAAGCGUUACCCCGUUGGCUAUUCAUAGGUUGGGGAAAAAUUUCUUACUCUCAUAUUCCGAGUUCUCGUUUAAAAUCAACAGAAAUGGCUGGAGAACCCAACAUGAUUGGAGUGUUUUCUGGGAAGGCAACCCUCAAAAUAUCGCAUUAUUCUAUCCUUAUUUGUUGUCUUUUGAACCAGGGUUUAUUGAAGUUAGGGAUUUAGACUCUACUAAUUUAUUAAGGGCUCUUGUGGGUGAGAAUAUCCGAUUUUUACAUUCGAACGAACACGAAGCUUUAUAUGCAUGUGAAGAAAAUGGUUAUGACAUAAUUGUAUCAAUUGAUUUCUUGAAUUUAAAACCAAAAAUUACUCAGCUAUAA